CGCGCAUAUAGCAGCCACACUAGGCAGAUCUCCGUAUAGUCCGAAAGCCUUCCUGCUCACAUAAUAUUAGAAAGAGAGUACAGAGACGGUACAGAGAGAGCCGGUGAACAGGUAAAAAUGGAGAAAGUAUUAGGACUCGCUGUGGUAUCCAGUAUUUUGUGUGUCGGAUCGGUUUUGGGAAAAUACGUCAGAGGUAUCGUCAAUACAAAAGAGGACUGGGUGUUCCUCACAAGGUUUUGCUUCCUGACUGAUUUUGGUAGACUGGAUUUUAAAUUCCGAUAUCCCAAGUCCCGUUGCUGUCAGAACAUAUUGCUCUACUUUGAUGAAAGCUCUCAAUGGCCAGCUGUGUACAAGAGGCCGGACAAGGAUUGUUACCAGAAAGAGUCAGUACUGAGGCCUGAAAACAACCAGGUCAUCAACCUGACCACCCGCUAUACCUGGUCUGGAUGCAUGGUUGAAGGAGAGGGUAAUGAGGAGAUGCUGAGUUGUAUAGGAGGUCGAAGUUUUCGCUCAGUCAGAGAGAGAUGGUGGUACAUCGCUCUCAGCAAGUGUGGGGGAGAUGGGCUGCAAUUGGAAUAUGAAAUGACAUUAACCAAUGGACAAUCUUUCUGGACCCAGCACUUCUCUGCAGAUGAAUUUGGCAUACUGGAGACAGACAUCACAUUCUUGGUCAUAUUCAGCACUGUGUUUACCCUCUCUUGUUAUUUUGCUUAUAAUUUAAAAGGAAGACAGCUGCUCCAUACGACCUAUAAGAUGUUUAUGACUGCAGCUGGAGUCGAGGUCUUAAGCCUGCUAUUCUUUUGCAUUUACUGGGGCCUUUAUGCCAGAGAUGGUGUCGGGAAUGGCAGUCUGAAGAUAUUAGGAAAAUUACUCUUUUCUGUGAGCUUCCUGAUUUUCCUGCUUAUGCUGAUUCUCUUGGGAAAGGGAUUCACAGUUACCAGGGCAAGAAUAAGCCACAGUGGCUCUGUCAAACUAUCCAUUUAUAUGACUGUGUACACCAUCACCUACAUCAUCCUCUUCAUAUAUGAAGCAGAGUUCUUUGAUCCAGGCGAGGUGCUGUAUGCUUAUGACAGCCCUGCAGGGUAUGGUCUAAUGGGUUUGCAGCUACUUGCAUACGUAUGGUUCUGCUAUGCUGUACUGGUUUCGCUCAAACACCACCCUGAAAAACAACCUUUCUACUUUCCCUUCUUCACUGCAUAUACUCUGUGGUUUUUUGCUGUUCCAGUCAUGGCUCUAAUUGCCAACUUUGGCAUCUCUCGCUGGGCCAGGGAAAAGAUUGUGAAUGGCAUCCAACUUGGAAUCCAUCUUUAUGCCCAUGUUGUGUUCCUAGCCAUCACACGUCCAUCAGCAGCCAAUAAGAACUUUCCCUACCAUGUGAGGACGUCUCAAAUAGGCAUUCUUCUCUCCAGUCCUAAAAGCAUGCGAGCAGAAAGCUUCCCUCACCAUGCUUAUGGGAACAGUUCUUUCCUGGGAGACUCGCAGCCAAACUUCACAGAGCUCUUCUCCAUCCAUACUCAAGAUCCCGUUAAGACGAUAGAUGAGGCGGUGGCCCGGAAGGGACAGGAAGUGCCAAGAAACAGUGAGCAUAAGAUCAUCACCACAAUGGCAGACCUGUCUACCUUUUCCCCUCUUCCUCCUCCCAUACCACCACGUAGUUCUGCCCACUCCCCUCCUCCUCCCAGAUUAACGUCUAACUUCACAGAGUAUUUUAGUAUGCAAGGGGCCAUAGGGAUCGGUUCCAAUGCCUAUACCAGGCCAUAGAGGAACAGGCAUGUGGAGAAGGGACAGAGCUUUUGGACAUCAAUGAGGUGGAAAUGGUUUAAAUAUUUCAAAAGAUUAAGUAAAGACAAGCGUGAAAAAGGAAGCCAUUAAAAAAUAAAAGUUACCAAAUCUUCUGUAUCUUGAAUUUGUAAUGAGAAAUGCAAGGUGUGGAAUGAAGAAAGAGAGCGGGGCAUUACCCACUCCCUUUGCUCCUAAAAAAUAAGAAGCAAUAAAUAUUUUAGUGAGACAAGAGAAUCUUUAGAGAUGUAAUAAACAUUGUAGGCAGUACAAUAGAGUAUCAAGAGAUAGCGGUGAAUCUAGAAUAGAGAUAUUUAAUGCUUAAUGUGAAAAAGUACAGUACAGUAAGCUCUUUUUUUUAAUGCUUCGUUAAUUUCAAUGGUGCUGUAAUAUUUGAAUUUCCAUGCCAUUUUAAUGACACAGAACCAAGUAUUCAUCUCUCUCACUAGAUGCAGUGGCACAUUUGAGUUUUUUUGAGAAUUUAUUAACAUUAUUUGUCUGUAAAGUUGAGCUCAUUUAGGGUUUAUAUAUUUAUUCACAUUGAAUACAGCUAGAUUAUUUGCAAACUGUUGUUAAACUGCAAUGGCAAGUUAACGUGAACAGCUAAGCAGUUUUAUAUACGUGCAUGUUUGUGCUUUGUCUACAUUCUGAUAUAGUCAAUGUUGGGUGUGCCUAGUUUUCAGUAUUAUCAGUCUUCAUUUUGUAGGCAGUACACACUGUGUAUAGUUAUGUAGAGAAUAUCUCAAGCAGAUGAUGGACGAGGACAUAACAACUUCCCAGUCUGUCUGUUUUGACCACUCCAUACUAACAGCUUAAUACAGUGUAUGGGUGUGUGGAGUUAAAAAAAAAUCCCAUUUAACUGAACUUGACAGAGGUAUUCACUGCAUGAGUGUUUGAAGGUCAGAUUAAUUUCUGCAAAUUGUGUUGCACUUUUUAACAAUUACAGAAUGUUUUACAUACCCUCAUCGGAUCAGUCAGUCGAAAGUAAUGUCAAAAGUUUCUUUCAGUACACUGGUUGGUUGUUUACUUGAGUGUCCAAUUAAUGUAUAACUCCACACUUACAGAUACACUUUGUAUUAACUGCAUGGAGCACUUUACUAUUUCUACAUACUUGUUUCAUUACCCAUGGCAACCCUUGCAAAUGCACCCAUAAUGCAAUAUGGUGUAUUACACAAUUUUAUAAUGUAUAGGAAAAUGUUUUUCUUUUUUUUUUCUCACAACAAUUGAUUUUGGGCCAUAUUUCUGUUGCAUAUCAAUAUCAGCACAUCCUACAGAGAAUACGCCUUGAAUCAACCUGUUUAAAUGUUAUACUAUAUGUUAUGUACAUAAUGGCAUAUUUACAGUAUAUUCAAAAAUGUUUUUUUUUUUGUUUAAGAGAAGGACCCUAAUUGACCAUAAAAGCAGGUGCUUUUAAAUGGCAUUGACAUUUUUCCAUCUUUUAAGUGAGCGUGCACACAAAGCAGAGAAGAGAGAGCACACCUUUUGAAUGUAGAUAUUAGCACAGCACAUUUGGGGAGCACAGAACGAUCCAGUUAAGCACAUUUUUGUUGCACAUGUUCAUACUGAAUGCAUUUUAAUAGUGUCAAAUGGCUAGGCAAGACAUACUUUUUGCCAAAUUAAAAUGA